AUGGAAUCGAGUGCCGACCGUCAGGCCAUGCUACAGCUUCUGGUCGCCGAUAUGAACCAGUCCCACGCACUCCCCCAACCCCUAGCCACGCUGAAGCCGAGCGACUUUGACCGUUGGGAGCAGGAAAAUGGUUGGAAGAGAGUCGAAGCCGCAUUCGACUACCUCACUUUUGCGUGGGAGCGCCUGAAGCCGCACGAGACCCGACAGACGCAUCCAAAGGCCAAAAUCUCCCUUCUCCUUGCCUACACAACGGUCCUUCCGGGGUCAAGAUCUAUCCACACUCCAGGCCGACAGACCUCCUCCUAUCCUGCUACGUCUACCACGAUAUCGUUGUUCUUUCGUUCAAAAGCAUUCGCAGUUCAGUUCCAAAUGGCAGCCACCCAGCCUGGACAACAGCCGCAGACGAAUGGGAAGAGUAAUAUGAGCGUGCAUGGUUCCCGUGCCCCGGCCAAGAUUCACGGGGCCCCUGCUGAAAUUGCUGUCGAGCAUCAUUCGAGCCAAACAGACGUCGAAAUCGACCCGGAAUCCGCUCGGUGGUUAACAGUUUCACCAUAUCUUGAGCCAGAGCAUCUCUUAGAUCUGACGGUGACCUCCUUUCUCCGGACCGGGGAUUCCUUAGACUGCUCCCUAGUCGGUGUGGGCUGA